AUGGAUCAUCCGAAAGAAGGUUCCGGUGAAUCUGGAAUGCCUCCCUCUGCCUCUGGAGCUAAACUAUUGAAAGUCAAGCAAGAAGUCGGAGCCAAGAUGAAGAAGGGGAAGAAGACAGCUAGGGAGACGAUCGCAACUAGAGUCUCUAAACGGAAGAAGAAGGAUGAUUCGAGCGGGAGCAGUCCACACUCGCCGUCGUUGCUGAAAAGCCAAGACGUGGUCAACCUCAUGGUUCAAGCUCUCGGCCCGAAGGAGCUUGGCCGUGCAUGUAAUCCCGACGAGACCCCCGAGACCGCUCCGGAGGGUUGGUUUUGUUGCCACGACAACUACAUCUCCAAGUCUCACUUGAGAUUUCCUCUCCCGACCUUGUUGCUUGAUCUGUUGGAUCAUUAUCAAUUAGCCCUUUCCCAACUUUGUCCCUCGGUUAUCCGGGUGAUUAACGGCUUUAUCACUAGGUCCAAGGAGGAGGGGGUUAGCGUCGGUCUCACCGAGCUUAUGAGCCUCUUUUCCUUAAAGGAAAAAUUCUCUAGUAGUGAUGACGACUGGAGAAAGAAAUACUUUUUUGUUAAAGUUGAUCCUUCGACAGUUCCUGCGGGUCGGAACCUCAGGGUUACUUGGACUAACCCAUCUGAAAUCGAAGAUCCUCCAAAGCUCUCUACCAAGCUUACCAGAGCUUUGUAUCGCAAGUUGCAGCAGAGUCCCUGUACCUGGGUAGCUUACACCACUUCUCGAAUAGGUGCAGCCAGAUUCCCAGAUACCUACAACGCCUCUUUUCAAGAUCCCAUUCCCGUCGGAGAUCUCGAAAGUGACUCAGUUGUAUCGAUUUCAACCGGUGCUAGCGCUUCAGGAACCGAAAAGACUAAGUCAGGCGACAUGACUCUGAGGCCAUCAUUCCGUUCUAGGGGUAACCCCUCGAAGGCUGCCAUGAAGGAUGUCUUGGACGAUGGGGGGUCCAGACCUGUCGUCGAGUCUGCUCCUGCUGAGGUCGCAGCUCAGGGUGCCACUCUUCUUCCUGAGGUCCCUAUGCCGGAGGCUGAUUACCAGGCUCCGAAAGGUAUCUCCGAAGUCGAGCCGUCGAGACACAAGAGGCCUAGGACCGACCAAGGCGGAGCUCCCACUCGAUCCUCUUCCUCGUCUUCUAGAGGAGGAACUGUUGGGUGGAGCUUCACUCAUUCAAAGCCUGGGUCGAUCCUGGAUGAUUCCUGGGGCUUAGCCGCGAUACUGAGGCACCUGAAGAGGGUAGGAUGUCCCCUUCCAGCGCUCAAGGACUUGACUAACCGGGAUGAGUAUCUCGACAUUGCCCACUGUAUGGGUCAGUUGGCUGGGGCUGUUAACAGAGCCCAGCUCAAGUUCGAGAAUGCUUUGCACGAUGCUCCCAAUGCUGGUGAGCUUGCUGAGGUCACUGAGAUGGUUCAGGCAGCCAAGGCCGAUCUCGAUCAGGCCCGGGUUCGAAUUUCUGAACUCGAAGCCGAAGUGACGAGGCUAGGCUUGAAGGCCGACGCUCAGCAAGGAAAGAUCGAAAGUCAAGAGCUUGAUAUCCAGGUGAAGAGUAGGAGGAUCAAUGACUUGGAUUCUGCACGAAGGAUAGCUGAGCACCAAGUUCGUGAGCUCAUUGCCUCAUCCCAGGACAGCCAGAAGAACAAGGAAGCUGAAGUCAAGCUGGCAGUCAGGGAAGGGAAGAAAGAGGUUGCCGAAGCUUAUGGCAAGAUCUUAGCCUGUGUUCAAGAGAAGUUCGCUAAGAAGAAGGAAGAGGUCAGUGCUUUGGUUUACGCUCAGGAGCUCCAAGCUAACUGUUGUGAUAUUUUUGUGUAA